CCAAUGAGCUCCAAAGACAGCAAGUAGGCGUAGGACCUGGAAAGGCGCCUCAACCUCACCGGGUUUCCUCACUUCCUGGAGCGGCACCUCCACCUCCCUACCCGCAACCGCGGGGUGAAAUCGUUCCCCCCUCGUUCCAGAACCAGGAUGGCGGUGGAGCAGAUCCGAGCGCGAUUUAGACCUAAAAUGGGCGGCAGUGGGUCAAUCCCGGGCUGGGCGCCUAGCGAAUAGGGGUAACCUCUGCGAGAGGAGGGCCAGGCCUGACGCCGCAAGGCGAAGGAGGCGGUGCAGAGACUCCCCGCCCUUGCACCGCGCGCCGUCGGGCUCCGCCCCGCGCAGCCCUACGGAGCAAAGCCCCUGUGCGCAGGCGCACCCCGGCAGCUGAAGCUGGAGACAGCAGGAGUGGGAGCCAGUAAGGCGCUUCGAGAAGGAAAUGGCGGUAGCGCCCGGUGGUACAAGACGCGAGCGCGGGUACCUGCGAAGCGCCAGGUUCCGGCGAAUGCACCAGCUGAGCCCUCAGCAGCUGGAGCUCCCGCGCCAGUUUGGUUUGGGGUAAGAGGAAGGGUCCGCAUCUCUGCAGCUCGGGCGUGAUGAGCCGGCGCCCCUAAACCGGCGUGAUGCUCGGUUUGGUUUGGACUUGCGCUGCUCUUUACUCGGGUCGCGGGGAUGCGAGUGGAAAAGGGGGCACCAAGUCCUGUAGGCUGGGCCCUGCGGCCGCGGCCGAAGUAACGGUGUAAAGAUGGACCGAUCCCGCCCAGAGCCGUCUCAACCCCAGGUGUUCCUCAUCCUCCGCCCUCCCUGGCCUUCCGUCCGUGCUCCGGGAGCCCAGCCUGACGUUUAUUAUUCAGAAAAUGUGCUUGUCAGGGGAAGGCCUAGGUUGAACACGCGGCCCCGAGUCUCCCACGUGAAACCCUCGACACUUAUCCUUCUCUGCCGCCGCAUUUUACAGAAGACGAGCCCAGCCCCGAGAAGGGAAGAAACCGGCCCAAGGUCACAUCGUAGUCAGAGGCCGAGCCAGGACCGAAGCCAGUAGUCCUGCUUUCUAGCCUGAGAUCUAGGCACUGCUCCCUUCCUCACCGCAUCUCUCUGGGUCUGCCCGCAUCCCUCGUCCUCCUGCCGCGUCCUCCACGAGGCUCUGUUCUUGGGGACUUGGUUGGGGGCGGGGAGUGCUUCCUCCCCUCAAGCUGCGCCCUCGGGAAGGAUGCUGGACAGCAGUCAGGCCGCCGGUCCAGUUUCCUCGAGCACGAGCUGAGCCGGCUGUUACUGGAGGACCGCAGAGGCCUUAGGACCGGGGGAGGAGGAGGACCGAGCAAGUUGGAGGCGCCGCGGGAGCAGGCCGGAGAUGCUGGAACCCACCCGGAGGAGCCUGACCAUUCUGCCUCUCGUGGCCACUAUGCUGACUGCCCGCUUCUCCAGACCCCUGUCACAGCUCCCGAGGAAAACCCUGAAUUUCCCUGAUAGAGUAAAUGGAGCAAGAGGCUCGCUGCUGUUUCACUCUGCCUCCUUUGUCCCUGUCGACCGUCGGACUUACGCUGCUUCGGUGAACCCAGUUGGCAGCAAAGCUGUCUUGGUCACAGGCUGUGACUCUGGAUUUGGGUUCUCCUUGGCCAAGCAUCUGCAUUCAAAAAGCUUCCUUGUAUUUGCUGGCUACUUGAUGAAGGUAAGAGAUGGGUCAUCGGGGCAGAAGUCACUAGAGAAGUCUAAAAGCCCCCAAAUGAGGACGCUCACAUAUAAUAUGUGCUGAGUAGAAGAGGUUGAAAGUUUGGAAAGGGUAGUUAGGUGCGGUUCUGUCCCCUCCUGUCCGGGCUUGUAGCGCCUGGUUAACAAUGCGGGCAUCUCAUGUCUGGGGGAUGUGGAGUUCACCAGCAUGGAGACCUACAAGGAGGUGGCGGAAGUAAACCUCUGGGGCACAGUGCGGGGGACAAAACCCUUUCUCCCCCUCAUCCAGAGGGCCACAGGCUGCGUGGUCAACAUCAGCAGCAUACUGGGCCGCAUGGUCCACGCGGCCGGCCCCCCAUACUGCAUCACCAGGUUUGGGGUGGAGGCUUUCUCCGACUGCCUGCGCUACGAGGUGCACCCACUGGGAGUGAAGGUCGGCGUGCUGGAACCCGGCAACUUCAUCGCCACCAACAGCCUCCACGGCGCUGAGCGCAUCCAGGCCAUCGCCAGUAAGAUGUGGGACGAGCUGCCUGAGGGGGUGCACAAGGACUACGGCAGGAAGUACUUUGACGGGAGGGUCGCGAAGAUGGAGACCUACCGCAACAGCAGCUCCACAGACACGUCCCCCGUCAUCAGCGCUGGCACCCACACCCUGACCUCCGCUACCCCCUGCACUCGCUACCACCUCAUGGACUACUACUGUUGGGUGCGAAUGCGGAUCACGACCCACUUGCCCGGAGUGAUCUCCUCCAACAGGAUCUACAUACACUGAGGAGUUUCGCACUGGCCUCUGUUGGGGAGCCCUGGGGGCAGGGAAGAGGACGGAGGGAGGGAGGGGGAGGGGCUUGUGUCCUUACCUCUUGAUUACCCACUUGUGUAUUAUCCCAGUCCCAGGAAGACCCACUACCAGUUUGAGCGUUAACCAGAGCAGGCAGCCCAGUUCAACUCGUGUGCCCAGUGAAUGGCUCGGGCCUUCUCAACUGGGGUGCAGUGUGGUGGGCAGGGCCCACAAACCUCAGGGCAAACAUGGUGAAUCUGUCUUUCUGGAAUUGAUUUUAUAUAACGAUUUUAGGUAGACAUCUUUAUAUUAAAAACAGAUUUAUUAUAAAAUAGAAUCCAAAUCCUUUAUAUUUUAAAGCCAAAGCAUCAGUUCAAAAAAUUUACCUCAGGACUCCCCUGGCGGUCCAGUGGUUAAGACUUCACCUUCCAAUUCAGGGGGUGCAGGUUCAAUGCCUGGUCAGCUAAGAUCCCACAUGCCUCGGGGCCAAAAAACCAAAACAUAAAGCAGAAGCAAUAUUGUAACAAAUUUAGUAAAAACUUUAAAGAAAUGGUCCACAUCAAAAAAAAAAAUUUAUCUCAUUUGAUCCUUAAACCAGCCUCAUGAGUAAAAAGGGCAGUUGUUUUUUUUCUUUCGUACAUGAAGAAUUUUUGGCUCAAAGAGGAUACACGAAUUACCCUUUUGUUGCUUAUAAAUCAAUUUUGCUUAUAUUGCUUUUUAUAAAAUAUAAAGGUCCAAGUCGUGUGUUCCUGCCACUGCUGUAGAAACAGUUCACAUUUUAUGUUCCGGGGCUGCUCUGGAUCCAGUUAUCUGAGGAUCCUGUGAUGAGCUCUGUACCCUCACCUGUGCCAUAUAUACCAUGUGCCCACCAUGCACCUCUUUGCAUGUCCUUGGUGCUGCUGUGUGCAGCCUGCAGCCAGUGAUUCAGAGCUGAGUGGAGGGGGUGGCAACUUUCUGGAGAUUUCCAUUUGAGGUUUCUCCAGCUUAUCUUAGGACAAACUUGUGUGGAGGUGCUCAUUGGCUAAGAGGUAAUUUGUUUCUGGUUUGGGUCCUCUUGGUCUUGCCUGGGCUGGGACCCAUGUUGAUGGGACAUUCUUGGAAGGAGCCAUGAUACAUAGGAUGGGCACUGUGGCCUCUCCUCCCCCAGGGGUGGGUCCAGGUUCCCUGUCUGUCUCACCUGGUGCUUACACACACACACACACACACACACACACACACACACACACACACACACACACACACACACCCCUGUUCUAUGGUGCUCAGGGUGGCCUUCAUUGAUGGCUCACCUUCCUGCUAUGGACUUAUUUUUAAUUAAACCAGGUCACUGAUCAGCAGAGUCUGUGUUAUCACUUCUUGGGUUUGGGUUUUUGUUUUUUUUAAUAAAUUUAUUUAUUUUACUUGUUUUAAUUUUUGGCUGUGUUGGGUCUUCGUUGCUGCUCACAGGCUUUCUCUAGUUGUGGCGAGCGGGGGCUACUGUUCGUUGCCGUGCGCGGGCUUCUCUUUGCGGUGGCUUCUCGUUGUGGAGCACAGGCUUUAGGCGUGCAGGCUUCAGUAGUUGUGGCUCAUGGGCUCAGUAGUUGUGGCUUCCGGGCUCUAGAGCGCAGGCUCAGUAGUUGUGGCGCACGGGCUUAGUUGCUCCAUGGCAUGUGGGAUCUUCCUGGACCAGGGCUUAAACCCGUGUACCCUGCAUUGGCAGGCAGAUUCUUAACCACUGCACCACCAGGGAAGCCCUUGGGUUUGGGUUUGAAGGCUAGUAUCCCUGUAAUUGCCCAGAGCCUGCAUGUUUGGACCAAAACCAGGCAACACCCUCCUCCAGGUAUCUGCAGGCCUUGGGACAGGUUCCUGAGUACCAGCCCUUCCGCCUCGCCCUGGAAGGACCAGGCCUGCCGCUAGAGGGUGCCCUAUCUCCUUUGCAGCCGGAGUGGCCUUAGCUCCUGAUUUGGGAGCUCCCACCCAAGCCUGAGGUCUCAGAGGGUUGGUGAUUCCCCACCUUGGAAGUGGUCCAGGCACAAAGACACAAGGCCCCUUUAGAAACAAUUCUUCCUUCUCUUCUAGUAGCUGCCUGGCUUAAUCGUGGAGCCUGGUGCCAGGAGAAAGCAGAACCUGGAGAGCUGGAACCAGCCACGGGGCUCAGGCAGUGCCAAAGAAAAGGGGGUCUCACAACGAGAAAAUUCAGCCUGCCUUUUGGGCCUUGAUCCCCUCUGUUAACAAGCAGGGAUGCCCUGCCCAGCUCCCUAUCUGCACGGUGAGGCCCAGAGGGCCUGUGUGGAUGACAGGGUGGGCAGGGAGACUGAAACCCUCCAGAGCCCAGGGAGGGACACUUGAUGGUCAUUGUCUUUACAUAACAAGAAGAGCUUUUUGAAUCACAAGGCUUGCCUUUCAGAAUCUCAUUUUUAUAUCUUGGGAGAUUUUGUUUCCAUGCUUAAUUUUAUUAAAGGAAAAUGAAUGCAGAACUUGAAGUUACUUGUGUGCAUGGAUGCCUGGGAACUGGCAGGAAAGGGAGAUGGUCAUACGCUCUGGGUCAGGAUCAGCAGUAAACCGAACACUGGAGAAGAUGCAUCUGCGUCUGCUGGGACCAUCAGGCGUUCAGUCAGGACUGCUAGGCUGGCCUGCAGGCUGCCC